GUGUGUGUGUGUGUGCGUGUGUAGAAACGUAAAGCAGAGAACAUGAGGAACAUCGACCUGGACCGUCUGAGAGCACCGGUGGUGUGUGUGCUCGGACACGUCGACACCGGGAAGACCAAGAUCCUCGACAAGCUGCGACACACUCACGUCCAGGACGGCGAGGCCGGAGGAAUCACGCAGCAGAUCGGAGCCACAAACGUCCCGAGAGAAACGAUCGUGGAGCAGACGAAGAUGGUUAAAAACUUUGAUAAAGACAGCCUGCGGAUCCCGGGCAUGCUGAUCAUCGACACACCUGGACACGAGUCCUUCAGGUAACACAGCGAACUCCUUAGAGGGGCAACAU